AAGCGGCCAUUCUCCGUCUCGCCCCCAAAGGGCGGAAACGGGUAAAAACCCACGGAACAGUUUGCGUUGCAAAACCCUUCCUCCCGUUUUCACCUCGCCGCCGCCGCUCGCCGGCGGAGCCUUCUACAGUCAGGCCAGCUCGGCGGGACCCCACCUCUCCUGCCCUUAUGGCCCUCCUCCUUCGCCGGGGCGCGGCGCUCGCCGCCCGCUCCUUCCGCGCCGCGGCCGCCGCAUCAUCCGCUUCCACCGCCGUGCACCGCCUCCCGGCCGCGGGAUCCCUCGCGGGCGUCGCGGAGCUCGCUCCGGCGCGGCUCUUUCUCCUCGACAGCCGGAGAGGCUUCGCGAAGGGGAAGAAAUCGAAGGAUGACCGAGGCGACACGGUUCAAGCCGCUCCUGACAUUGGGCCAACCGUCAAAUCAGCUGCCACUGCGCAAAUGGAUGCUGCAGUGAUCGCGCUAUCGCGAGAGCUGAGCAAACUGCGGACCGGAAGAGCUACUCCUGGUAUGCUUGACCAUAUCAUGGUGGAGACUGCAGAUUUUAAAGUUGCGUUGAAUCGCAUUGCUGUUGUUUCUGUCCUGGAUGCUCAUACCCUAUCAGUGAUGCCUUAUGAUCCUAGUUCUGUGAAGUCUAUUGAGCAUGCUAUUAUCUCAUCACCCUUGGGCAUUAAUCCAACUCCUGAUGGAAAUAGGAUUAUUGCAGCUAUCCCUCCGUUGACAAAGGAGAAUAUACAGGCACUAUGCAAGGUUGUUACUAAAUCUGCUGAAGAUUUUAAACAAAGUAUUAGAAGAGCACGCCAAAAGGCACUUGAUACAAUAAAGAAAUCUGCAUCUAGCAUGCCCAAGGAUGAUGCAAAGAGGCUGGAGAAGGAGAUUGAAGAAUUGACCAAGAAGUUCAUAAAGUCAGCAGAUGACAUGUGCAAGGCAAAGGAGAAGGAAAUCAGCGGAAGCUGAAGUCAUACAUCUUGCUGAAGUAAUGUUUUGUUCCAAUUCCAACGAUGUUGUGACUGCAAUUGCGCAGCCGAAUCAAAAAAAUAUAUUUCCUUUCGUGCCAUUCUAACUACACUGUUAGCAGUUGAAAACGGUGUGAUGCCCAGGGCAGGGUGGCCUGUGGUGUUGUAAUGAGUCCCGCAGCCACGAAUCCUUACAGAACGAAAGUGAGUGUAGUUUUGGGUAUGAUUUACCAUGGCUUAUUUUCUGUGAAAGAAUCUGAUGUCACUGUUGAUUUCAAUUGAGCCACCUUUGCCUGUAUACUCCAUCCAUGAUCUUGCAAAGUGCAAAUCCAUCACGAUACUGAGCGUGCUGUUGCGGUGUUUGCUUUUAUACCUAUGUGGGACUUUCUUCGAGGAAAUGAAAGAAUGGCUGAUUGAA